AUGAACGCAGCGCAGGGCACGGUGGGCAGCGACCCGGUCAUCCUGGCCACGGCUGGCUACGACCACACGGUGCGGUUCUGGCAGGCGCACAGCGGUAUCUGCACCCGCACCGUGCAGCACCAGGACUCCCAGGUGAACGCUCUGGAGAUCACGCCGGACCGCAGCAUGAUCGCUGCUGCAGGUGAGACCUCCCCCAGCUCCCCACUGUGCCAGGCACGGGUGGCCCUGGGCUACCAGCACAUCCGCAUGUACGACCUCAACUCCAACAACCCCAACCCAGUCAUCAACUACGAUGGUGUGAGCAAGAACAUCACCUCUGUGGGCUUCCAUGAGGAUGGGCGCUGGAUGUACACGGGUGGGGAGGACUGCAUGGCGAGGAUCUGGGACCUGAGGUCUCGUAACCUCCAGUGUCAGCGGAUUUUCCAGGUGAAUGCUCCUAUUAACUGUGUCUGCCUCCACCCUAACCAGGCAGAGCUCAUUGUGGGUGAUCAGAGUGGAGCCAUUCACAUCUGGGACCUGAAGACUGACCACAACGAGCAGCUGAUCCCAGAGCCCGAGGUGUCCGUGAAUUCCGUCCACAUCGACCCUGAUGCCAGCUACAUGGCAGCUGUCAACAGCUCGGGAAAUUGCUAUGUGUGGAACCUGACGGGUGGCAUUGGAGAAGAGGUGACCCAGCUGAUCCCCAAGACCAAGAUCCCAGCACAUAACCGCUAUGCCCUGCAGUGCAAGUUCAGCCCUGACUCCACGCUGUUGGCUACAUGUUCUGCAGAUCAGACCUGCAAGAUCUGGAGGACUUCAAACUUCUCUCUGAUGACAGAGCUGAGCAUUAAGAGCAAUAACCCAGGGGAAACAUCUCGGGGCUGGAUGUGGGACUGUGCCUUCUCAGGGGACUCCCAGUACAUUGUCACAGCCUCCUCUGAUAACCUGGCCAGACUUUGGUGUGUGGAGACAGGAGAGAUCAAGAGGGAGUACAGCGGCCAUCAGAAAGCAGUUGUCUGCCUUGCUUUCAACGACAGCGUGCUGGGAUAACGUGGGUGGGAAGGAGAGGACCUCUGCUUGUUGUCCCUUGUCUUACAGCAGCAACCACCUCCUCUGGAGCCUGAGAUACACAGUUGCAGCCACUCCCUCUGAC